AUGAAUAUUUCAGUCCCUUACUUCUCUGCGGGUGUCAAAUGGAUCAACGCAACAGGUGAAAAGAAAUUCCAGCGCGUUGGCGAUGCCGCGUACUCGGACGUCGGCCAGCCUAUAGGGAUCCGAGUAGUUGGUGCGACAUCGUUUGUCAAUAGUGAGAAAUGGAGUCCCCAGGGCCGCGCACCAAGUGGACCUGAUACUUUCGUUGGCACCCGGCUAAUUUCAGUGCAAACUCGGGCUAUAGCCAAUGUUAUUGAGCAGGGUACAUGCCCAACAUCGCUGCGACACUUUGGACAGCUUCCGCCCGUUUCCCAACAUGAGAUUCGCUGGGCAGGCGGAAACGACAAAACUGCUGACUACGACUGCUUUCUUCUUGGCGAGGUCACAAUAAACGCAGGCAUAUACAACGGACGAGACUGCAAAGUUGUCUCUUCUGACAAAACCUCUCAAUCCUAUGCCACGUGUUCCAAAGAUCGCUACGGCGGCGAUUUCGAAGAGGACUGGUUGACUGGCCUGGCUCUAGACUUUACAUCCGAGGUCCUCAAGUAUGCGGUCUGGCAAAACUUCAGUCAACCUUGGAUAAGUGACGAUCUGGACGAGUACGUUGCUGGUAUGCUGGCGUUGGGAUACCACGCAGCUUGGAGCGCACUGAUGAAAAGGUUUGGCAACUACACAGAAACCAUAUCCUUCAGACCAUCGGAGGAGAUUGUUUUCGUUUCUGUGGAUAAGAACAAGCUCUACAUCUGGCUAGGCAUGAACGCCACUCUUACCCUCUCAGCCAUUCUUGUUUUUGGAGCAAAUAUUGUCCAUAGCCCCAUGGCUAGUGGUCUUUGCAGCGCUGUGAGUUUGAGUCGCCAAGAUGGAAAGCUUCCGAGACUUUGGUGGCUAAGGGGCAAUAUAGAGGGCGGAAAUGAUAAUGAUGGGGGUCAUGAAUUGUGUAGCAAAAAGGUUGUUUUUGCUGAGGAUGAUACGUCAGUCCGAGCUCUGGACUCGCGUCAAGGUCUGUUGUCUUGA